GGAAGUGCUGUUUCUGUUGCCGCCGCGGAGGAAGCGAAGAGUGGCAUUCAAGUUAGAGAGCAACUCACACGAAACACACGAGAAGAUGGAGAACGAGUGUAUUGACAGUUUAAUCCUGAAGCUCCACGAUGUGAACGCGGUGAAGUUCGGAGAGUACAAGCUGAAGAGCGGCAUGCUGACACCCAUCUACAUCGACCUGAGGGUCCUCGUGUCCUACCCCGCGCUCAUGAACCAGGUGUCAAGUCUUAUCUACGAGCGGGUGCAAGAAGAAGGGCUACAGUUUGACUCGGUGUGUGGCGUCCCGUACACAGCCCUCCCUUUGGCCACAAUCAUCUGCUCUAGACAUGAGCUGCCCAUGCUCAUCAGGCGGAAGGAGGCCAAGGACUAUGGAACCAAGCGUCUGGUGGAGGGCUCGUUUCGUGAGGGAGAUACAUGUCUGAUCAUUGAGGACACAGUGACCAGUGGCAGCAGCAUCCUGGAGACGGCAGAAGUGCUCUACAAAGGGGGACUGAAGGUGACCGAUGCCAUAGUACUAAUGGACAGAGAGCAAGGCGGCGUAGAGAUGUUGGCUUCUCAGGGAAUCAAGCUGCAUCCCAUCAUCUCCAUGUUCAAGCUGCUCAACGUGCUGCUGGCAGCCGAACGCAUCGACGCCCAAACCGCCCAGAGUGUCCGCAAGUUCAUCUUAGACAACAACACUUUCAGCCCCAGGGAGGAGAAUGGCAACGGUGUUCCUGCCACCAAGAAGCAAUGUGUGGAACAGGAGCUGAGCUACGCAGACAGAGCCAAACUACCAAACGUUCACCCUCUGGCGGCAAAGCUGCUGACGAUCAUGGAGGAGAAGCAGUCUAACCUGUGUGUGUCCGCUGACGUGACGAGCAGCGAGGAGCUUCUUCAACUGGCAGACUCCCUAGGUCCGAACAUCUGCGUGCUGAAGACCCACGUGGACAUCCUGAAGGACUACACAGCGACCUUCAGCCAGAAACUGCAGUCUUUGGCUGAGAAACACAACUUCCUCAUCUUUGAAGAUCGCAAGUUUGCUGACAUCGGGAACACAGUCAAGCAUCAGUACGAAGGUGGUUUGUACCAGAUCUCCUCGUGGUCCCACAUAGUGAAUGCCCAUGCGGUGCCGGGGCCAGGGGUUGUGAAGGGUCUCAGUGCUGUAGGAAAGCCUCUGGGCCGAGGCUGUUUGCUCAUUGCACAGAUGAGCUCCCAGGGGUCACUGGCUACUGGUGAAUACACAAAGGCUGUGCUGAAUAUGGCGGAGGAGCAGCUAGACUUUGUGAUUGGGUUUAUUUGUGGCUCUAAGAUCAGCAAGAGGCCCGAGUUCAUCCACAUGACCCCUGGGGUGCAGAUGCAGGCUGGAGGUGAUGCGUUGGGCCAGCAGUACGCCACUCCGGAGGAAGUCCUCUGCAACAAAGGCUCUGAUGUCAUCAUUGUCGGUCGGGGUAUCCUGGAGGCCCCUGAUAGGCUGAAAGCUGCUGAGUCAUACAGAAAGUCAGGCUGGGAGGCGUACACAAAGAGACUGGGUCGGAGCGGCCAAUAGGAGCUCAGUAGCGGCACCUACGUCAUUACGCCUAAUUCCAAAUUAAAAAUAACGACCUCUGCAGAUGAACUGGAAGUUUUUUGGAAGUAUAUUUUUACAUUUUCGUGGAACACAAGUGUGCACGUAAUCAUAUACAUAGAAACGUAUGUAGACCCGUGCGUCUGCAAACCUCACUGCCGCAUCAAAAUGCACACCUGUUCCUACACAACCAGUUUAUUAACAUUGGUACCAGUUGUUGGGGAAUUGGACACUUUACUUAACGUAUGUAAAUGUGUUCUUUUGAUUCUGUCCUAUUAAUAAGCAGCUUCAAAUGUGUUCCUCUGAUUCCUUCCUAUUAAGAAGCACAACUUUCAAGUCCAUCUGCUAUGGUACUUCUGACCAGGUUUAAACAUCUUUGGGAAAAGGUUUUAGUAUUCCUUUAAUAAUGCGUUCGUUCCUCCUGCCCGAGUCAAACUGCGCAGAGUUUGAGGAUAUGUCGCUGAUUACCUAGAACAGAUAGUUUUUUUGUAAAUGAGGUGGCUGCUAGACUCCCCUGAGGAUUUGUUUGUUUCAGGAAGAACACAAAAUGUCAUUCCCUUGACAAAGACUAGUGCCUCCAGUCAAGGUGAAGCUUUUUCUUCAACACAAACCUUCCAUUCCUGUGUACGCUUUCAUAUAAUUGCUGUAAUGCUAGACCCAAGUUUUAGUAUUAAUAAGAGAGGGUGUGGCUUAUACUUUUUAAAUCGUUGUAUUCUACUUGGGUUGAAAUUCAGGGUAUUUUACAGUACACUAGAAGAUCUUUUGUUAUUUGAGUUGCCCAAUCUGGAUCUUAAGCAUCACUUUUCACAAGAUGCAGAUAUGUUGAUGACUGCAAGACGGUCUCUCUCUCUCCUCCGAACCCUGACAAGUCUCUGCUAGUCACAACUUCACAAAGUAUCAGUGUUAAAUUGAUUUAAACUCAUAUGUUCAGUGGAAGUGGAAGAGCUUGGUCAUUCACGGUUUAGUAAUGGACAAUAAUGUUUUGGCUGUGGUGCUGAUUUGACUGUUUAACACUUAAUAUUAUGAACUUCAUAGGUCAACUACGAAAUCAAAAUGAUGGCUUUUGAUUUGCCUGAUUGAUUGCAACACCCCAAAGAGAAUAUAAAAAAAAUCAUGGACCAUUUGAACAGUGAUCAGCCUGUGUCAUAUUUAUUUUUUCAUCAGCAGCAGUUGAUUAUUAGUUUGGAUGUGCGUCAGCGUGUAGCCCCUCAUUAUUUAAAAUGACAAGAUGAGGGAAUGCUGAUUGCAACCAGAUUGGUCUUUUAAAGCCGUCGUGAUUGAGUCCAAUGUCUGCCGUCCAAUAUAUAUUAUUUUCUUACAGGGAUAUAAGUUCAGUUAUAAUUUGACAUUAUCAGUGAGCCCACAGACCCAGUCUACAGGUUGUUGCUGUUUAUUUACCGUCUCUACAAAAAGAGUUAAUAAACAAGUUUUCUUUAGACAAGAGAUAAUCUCUUCCAGUUUGUGACACCUCCCUUUUUAAAGUAGACAACAGUUGAAUUUUGUAAACCGUGCCCUGGAGCCAUGACAGUUGUGCUACUACUACUUGGCCUACAUGCAGUGAAACAGCUCCAUGGUAUUCUUGAUGGCAGUGUUAAUGGAUGAAUGUGAAGUUUCUUCUCUUACAGAGAUGUUGUUUGGCUUUUUCCCUCCAUGUACUUUUCAUUUGUGAGUAAAAGAAAAAAUGCAAUAUCUUGUUUUGUAAAGUCAGACUAAAUACUUCAAUAAAUCUUGUGUUGAAAAA